UCUAUGAUAACAAACUGAAAAUAAUUCAUGUUACUUAUAAUUAUGUUUUUUUUUUUACAAUAUAACUCUACGAUUUUUAAUUAAAUAAUUAUUUAUUACAUGAUAAAAUUAUUACAAACUACUUACUCGAUUUGGUAUCCUAAUCUAAUGAUUAGGUGUCUAUAUUCAAGUCAACGUUCAAUUAUUUGCCUUUACUUUGUUGACAUGCCAUUUUACGCUGUUGUAUUUAGAACAACCCAGAGUGGUGCUGUAGCUCAGGAUUGGCCUUCAGCACUGAAAUGGAAAGAUACAGUUCCAAAUUCAUACGCUAAAAAAUUUUCAACAAAAAAUGAAGCUGAAUCUUAUUUAAAAAAUAUGAGUUUUGAGAUUCUUUAUGAUAUAAAUAAAUUUCUUAGUGGAAAUUAUAAUAAAGGAAUAAAGAGGAAAAAUAAUGAAGAUGGAUUACUGAAAUAUGUGGAUGAUUUACAUCAAGUAUUUUUACAAAUGGAAUCAUAUGUGAUGAAUAGUCCUAAAAUUAGUGAAAGUUGUAAAAAACGAUUAAAAUUAAUUGGAAAAGAGACUUUAGAAAGAAUUAAAAAUCUAGUUAAAGAAUGUGAAAAAAACGAUGAGGUUCCAUCAUCAAAAAUUCACAAGUGUGAAUUAGAAAAUGAAUUGAACAAUGGACAAAAUGCAAUAAACAUAACUCAUCAGCCUCAUUCAUCUGGCAAUGAUAAUAGUGAUUUAUUAAAAAGAGCAAAAGAGUUGUUUAAGUUUAACAGUAGCAAUGAAGUUAUAGUAUACACAGAUGGAGCUUGUUCGAAUAAUGGAAAAAAUCAAGCAAUGGCAGGAGCUGGAGUAUUUUUUAGUCACAAUCAUCCAUUGAAUUUAUCAAAAAAAGUUCCAGGAAACCAAACAAAUAAUAAUGCAGAAAUAUAUUCAGUUAUAUUAGCAAUAGAUCAAGUCAAAUCAACUGGUGUUGGUAAAAUAAAUAUUCAUACAGAUUCAAAAUUCGUUAUUCAGUGUGUUACAGAAUGGAUGCCAAGAUGGAAAGUAAAUGGAUGGAAAACUUCUGACAAAAAUCCUGUAAAAAACAAAGAAAUGCUUGAGAUGCUAGAUAAAAAAAUACAAUUAAUGGAAAUUGUUUCUUGGACACAUGUACGGGGUCAUCAAGGAAUAGAAGGUAAUGAAGCUGCUGAUAAGUUAGCUCGUCAAGGUGCAGAAAAAUAAUAAAAUGAUUUUUUAUUUGUUGGACUAUUGUAAUUAAUUUUUAUCCAUGAAACAUUUUUUAGUUAAAAUUAAUAUGUACUAAUAAAGAUAUUAAGUCAUAUUCAA